AUGAGGCCGUUGGCUGCCCUAUUACCUUUACUUGCUGCUUUGCUGCUCGAGCAAACGGCCGGCUCCCCGGUAUUGGGGCCUCGUCAGGAAGCCAGUAUCAAUUCCGUGAACUUGGUGUUCAAUGCCGAAUGCCCGGGCGAGAGGCAAAGAGAUAUCAUUUCAGCAUGGCAGGACGCUGUCAAACUCGCACAGAAUGUGGGAAAGAUUGACUUUGAUGAUUGGGCUGCUUGGGAAUUCUUUGGGCCCCCGCAAUUGUUGAAUAAAGACGACGAACGGAACAAAAAGGACUACAGACAGAAUAUUCAAGCGAUCUUUGAUAAUGUGAAAUCUUCUGGACAGGGAUGGUCACUCACUCCAGAAGAUUGGAAGGUUCGGAUCAAUGUCAACUGCGGACCCAAAAAUCAAGAUAUAGACGCAGAAUGCCGUGGAAAUUCAAAUACAAGGGCUCACACCGGCAACAGCAAGAGUCUCGAUGGUUCCGGUGACCAGCACUACGAGGAUCCAUCUGCAACAAUGAAUCUGGUCAUCUGCAACAGCUUUUUUGCAUACGACGGUCUGGACAAGGCGAUAGAGAAGAAUAAAGGUCUCGACGACAUACUCCAAAAAUUCGAUCUAAGAUACUAUCGCAACCGAGCCGAUAUUAUAUUGCACGAGAUGAUGCACAGCAAUAGAUUGACCUAUUUGCCGAAUGAUAAGCGCCACAUUACCGACCAUAAGAUGUUGAUAACCGUAUGUGAGAGAGAGAAGGACAAUAAGGAACUCUGCGACAAAAAGCAAAAGCUAGUGGACGCAUAUGGCCCUGAGAACGUCAAGAUCCUCGCGCGGACAGUCGCCGAUAGUACAGCAUCCUAUGUUACAACAAAUGCCAAUAACUUUGCACUAUAUGCUCUCUCGAAAUAUGUACAAAAAGAAAUUGGCGGUGGAUGUGGACUCUCAGUUACUACGAAUGGCACCGAAUGUGGAGUGCUAGAGGAAGAUUUUGAGAAGAUUUCUCAUGGCGAGGGUGAUUUCGGCACUACCGAAGAAGGCGAUGUUCCCACCGUGAAUGAUUUAGAAUGGACAUCUGAUGAGCAAUACCCAAGUGGCUAUAUCAAGCAACUCAAAGAACGGAUGGCCAUGGAUCAGGAUGCUCCAGCGCCUAUCCCAUCGGGACCGCCCCUGAAGUGCAACGGUCUUGGUUCGAACAAAUACGUGUCACAGUCUACACUUGCAAACAAUAUCACGAUGUUUUGCAGCGAUGCCGUGAAUCAAGGUGUUCAGGACAAUGGCACUGUAUCCAUUUCCCGGAACUAUAACCAUGGCGCUAAUGACGAGGUUGACAUCUCAAUUGGCUGGCCUUCUGGCAUGGAAACCCCGUUCAAUGAAAAAGAGUGUAACAAUCAAAUGAACAGCAUCUUAGACAACUGUGGCGGCAAUGGCCCUAGCAAUCCUAGGGGCUACAACGGCGGUGGGACUGUCACAGUUGGCGAAAAUGUCGUCUACCAUAUUACCCCCGUCAGUGCCCGGAACCCCCUUCCCAAUGAACCGUUUGGAGGUUGCGACUUUAGGGAUAAAUUUGCCUUCAAAUCAUUCUGGGUUUGGGGCGCUGGCUGGGAAUCCUGGGAUUAUGGGAGUAGAAAUGGUGGCUUGUACGAGGAACUGAAAAAAUGUAAUCAGGGCCGUCAAGUGGAAGACUGGAAGUUUUCAUAUGGCCUUGGGUCCGAUCAAAGGGAGUGA